AUGUCCCAGAAAGCUGACAAGUACGCGCUGCGAUUCAACUGGACCAUGAAGAUGGCGUCUGAGAGCGCUCAAUUAGAAGUCACGCCCAUAGCACUUCUUGUCGAUUGGUUUCUCAUUCAUUACCUGGACUUCUUUCAACCUUCAAACACUGCAGAAGUGCUUGAAGGGUUCCGCAAGAAGCUGGUGGCGCGACAGGUCCGUGGCUGCACCAUCGACGACAUCGAUGCACAGGUUAAGCGUCUGAUCACUGAUCAGCCGAAUGAAAGAGGCCUCAGCAGAAUGGAGAUCUUGGUCAAGUGGUUUGAAGCGAACUACAGUGCGUACAUUGGAUCAACCAACGCGACCAAGGCCAUGAUUUCGACGUUGACGGCCACAGAUCACUCGUCACUCUGUCUUCGAGUGCUCUCAGACAGGCUGGACCGCAUUCUUCUCGGUGCUCAAGCGAGGCGCGACGACCGUAUCGAGUUGAAGGCUGAGCCUAUGGAUGUGGCCAGUCAACACAAUCUACCCAACACUCAUCAUGAUAGCGCUAUGGAGGAGAGCAAAGACGACGACAUGGAAGAAGGGAUUCAACGGCAUGCGCAUGAGGGCGAAACGGAGUCAAGUACUGAAGCUCGGGUGAAGAUCGAGUGGCCAGGAACCCCAACGAUACAGCUCGUUGCUCUCGGACGAAAGGUGCUGCUGGACAGAGGUGUUCCUAUUGAGGAAGUCGAUGUUCUUCACCCAGGGCGUCUUGUAUCGCGAAUGCUGCGCUACCCUUUCAGCCCGGCGGAGAUCCAGCUCCGCACGAAGCCCGGGUGGAAGCGUCAGGGACUACGCACUAUGGGGGUUCAAGCAUCUGCGAUUGAUGCGUGCCUGCCGAUGCCGUCGCCGUGA